AUGGUAAAAAGCUCAUCUUCUCAAGCUGGCAGUAUCAACGCUACACUCAUGAUACCCCACCUUCAUCAUGUAGCGUUACUCAGCGUCCUUUUAUUGACACUUCUUUUUCACACAACCUCUAUCUCUGCAUGGUCCUAUCAACAACAAGUCGUAGCCAGCUAUUCGUCUGGAAAUCCAGCUUUUGGAUCGAUUACCUUUGGACCUAAAACUCAACAGAUUUAUAUUGCAGGUGGUUCCAAGAGAAAGAUCUACAAACUAUCUGGCACGACCAUCUCCGAGUUGUUUGGUGCUGCCUUGGGUUUUGACAUUGAUUUAGUAACUGAAGCAUCAACGACCAACGGAUCGGCUCCGUCUGAUUUCGAUUUGGGCUAUUUUGCUCCUCUUGGAAACACAGCAUCUCCAAUUUCUUAUUAUCUAUGGGAUGGAACCAGUGGAAGUUCUGGAACAGGAUCAAACUAUGGUAAUACUGGAACAGGGCUUUGUGCAUUAAAGAUUUCUGAUAUCCAACUAGGAUCAGACCCAGCCUUGAUUGAGUACGACCGAACCUACUUUAUCACAGAAAAUUCAGGUAGUGUGGUUUUUGGUGUCACUAGAAAAACGCCUACCAACUCGGUGACUCUUUUUUCUGGAACAAGUACAACUACCAGUGUGGAUGGAGCAAUUGGAGUUGCAAGCGUGAAUGUACCUGGAACUGCAGUACAGGAUGUUCAGUAUUAUAAUGAUAAGCUCUACUUUAUGGAGCCUUACAAGUUGAGAGUGUUUUCACCAGUAAGCAAUCCAGGUUCAGCAACAAUUACUACACUUUCUUCUUCCUUUGGUGUUCUUCCUGCUUUUUUAUCCAAUCUUAAUAAUUAUCUUUUCAUUUCCAAUGCAUACACUGUCAAAGUGAUUGAUACCACCAACAAUGUGCUUGCCACAAUUGCUGGAACAGGAGUUUCACCUGGCACAGGUGUCGACACUUCAACCUCUUCUGCAACCUCUGUGAAUAUCAAUCCAAAAGGAAUUGUUGUCACAGAAAAUGGAACCAUUUACUUUGCAGAAGGAUAUUACAUUAAAAAGCUGAAUCCAGUUUGUGACACCAAUGAAGAUUUGGCUAUCAAUUCCUUCCCACCUUGUAAUUGUAAAGCAGGAUAUUCAAGAAGUGCUUUUAACGGAACUUGUACUCCGACAUGUUCUCCUGCGUGCCAAAACGGAGGAUCAUGCACUGGUCCAAAUACUUGUACAUGUGUGGGAUCUUGGACAGGUGCACAAUGUACCAUUCCAAAAUGUAAUGGAACGGCACAGGGACAAGCUGGAGUUUGCAACAAUAGAGGAUCGUGUGACGGGCCAGAAAUUUGUAGAUGCUCGGAUUCUAAUUCUUGGGGAGGGCAAUAUUGUCAAUUGCCAAAAUGUAAUGGUACCUUACAAAACGUAACAGGAGUGUGCAAUGGACAAGGAUCUUGUGACGCUCCAAAUGUGUGUCGAUGCACCAAUCCAUCCUAUGGCGGUCCAUUUUGUGAAUUCCCAAUAUGUUAUGGAAUUUUAGCUAAUUUUGCCUCCCAAGUUUGUAGUGGAAGAGGAAAUUGCAGUUCACCAAAUAAUUGCACUUGUACUAACCCGAGUGAAUGGGGUGGUACAGAAUGUCAAUUUCCAAAAUGUAACAAUAUUCUACAAGGUCAAGCUGGAGUAUGCAACAAUAGAGGAACAUGUGAUGCUCCGAAUGUCUGUCGAUGCUCGGAUUCUAAUUCUUGGGGAGGGCAAUAUUGUCAAUUGCCAAAGUGUAAUGGUACCUUACAAAACGUAACAGGCGUGUGCAAUGGACAAGGAUCUUGUAACGCUCCAAAUGUUUGUGCAUGUACAGAUACUUCUCGUUGGGGAGGUCAAUUUUGUGACAUUCCCAAAUGUUAUGGAACUUUAGCCAAUUUGACCUCGGUGUGCAAUUUUGGCAAUGGAACUUGUAUCAAUCCAAAUACCUGCCAAUGUAAAAUUCCGACGUCCUACACCGGUACACAAUGUCAAUACCCCAUUUGUUAUGGCAUUCCAUCUAACAACGCGAGCUCUUGCAGUGGAAGAGGUUCUUGCAUUUUACCAAACACUUGUAAAUGCCAUGCGGGAUAUUACGGAACUAAAUGUGAAAGUACGACAUGUGCCGGAAUAGCCUCCGAUAAUUCAACUGUUUGUAAUGGCAAUGGAAAUUGCGUGGCGUUCAAUAAUUGUCAAUGUAACUCAGGUUAUGGUCCUCCCUCCACUUGUGAAAUGCCUAUGUGUUUUGGGUAUUUGGCGAAUGACUCCAGAGUGUGUAAUAACAGUCGUGGAGUUUGUAUUGCACCCAAUGAUUGUCGACCAAAGGAUCCAAUUUGUUAUGGAAAGACGAAGAAUGACACGACUGCUUGUAGUGGAAAUGGUACAUGUAUCGAUUGGGAUGUCUGUCAAUGCAAAACUGGUUACUAUGGCCAACAAUGUGAGUUAUGGCAAUGUAACGGAAAGGCCUAUAAUGCUUCGGAUGUUUGUUCCGGUCAUGGAAAAUGUAUCUCCAUGAAUCAAUGCUCAUGUUCCAGUGGCUGGUACAAUCCCUAUUGUGACGUGGCCAUGUGUAAUGGAAUUCUCGCAAAUGCUCCAGAGGUCUGUAACUACAAGAACGGUACCUGUUCCUCACCUGGACCAUGUUCAUGCAAUUCUGGGUAUGCUGGUGUUGAUUGUAGCGUGCCUAUUUGUUUUGAUCAAUUAGGAAAUUCUAGUAGUGUCUGUUCGUCGAGAGGAUCCUGUAUUUUGAAAGAUACAUGUUUGUGUGAUACAAACAAAUAUGCUGGAAAUCAAUGCCAAUAUGUCAAAUGUUUUGGAAUUUCAUCAGCAAACUCUUCUCAAGUGUGUAGUGGAAAUGGAACUUGUGUGGAUGUGGACACAUGCCAAUGUAAAGCUGGAUAUGGUGGGUCCAAAUGUGACAUUGUCAAAUGUUCGAACAUUUUGGCAACGAAUAGCACAGUGUGUAGUGGUAGAGGAGUUUGUUAUGGAGUGGACAAAUGCCAGUGUGAUUCUCAAUAUUUUGGGUCGAAUUGUGAAUCUACUACUUGUUACGGAAUUCCAUCCAACAACGCAAGUGUUUGUAAUUUCCAAAAUGGAACAUGUAAUGCCUUUGACCAGUGUUCAUGCAAUGCAGAUUUUGUGGGUCCUCAAUGUCAACUAGCAUUCAUUCCAUCGAGUGGUAUUUUAUUGAGUUUUAAUGGAAGCAAAGAUUAUGCAAAUGAAACUUCCACUCUGCUCUCGCUUUCGAUUAAUUCUCUCUCGUUUACAAGGUGGUACAGUGGUCGAGUGGUAAGAGCCUCUUUCGAAUAUGAAUUGAAUAAUCGAGUAGUUGCUUCUGUGGACAGAGAUUUAUCCUCGGGAAAUUCUAAAUUGGAUCUUGUUGUACCGGCAUUCAAUGAUGUAGGAACAGUGAAAGCAUUUGUGACCUUGAGAGAUUUAUCCUCGAGUGUGACAAUUUCCAAUCGAGUAGCGUCCUCUUCCUCUUUAACCAUUGAAGCUCGUGCCACUAUACCUCCUCGUGGUAAUUCGAAUGGUGGAAAUGACAAUGCAGGAGCCAUUGCUGCAGGAGUGGUCGUUCCAUUGGUAGCCAUUGGAGCUGUGGCCGGAGUGACAGCAACCAUUGUCUCGGUUGUAGUUUUCAUGAAAAAGAAAGCAGCUGCAGCCACUGCUCGAGAAAUUGCAACAGCAAAAGCCGUUGAUGUGGAAUUGGGUAAUUAA